UUGCUGCUGAGGGAGGGGACAAUAGAAAGAACCUGAUAAAAAUUUCUUGGUCGUCUCUGACAAAUCAUCAAUGGCCAGGAACCUUUAGCAGACACACUCUGUUGCUCCCACCCACAGAAAUUUUACAGAAGUCAAAAGUUCCCUUUUCAUUUCACAGUCAAACAGUGGGCCUUGGUUAUUUCAUUUUAUUUCAUACAGCUGAAGGCCUCCGAGAGUAGUUAAGGUCAUAAGUGUAUGCUAUACAAUAAGAGAGAGAGACUUUUUUGGUUUUUCGUUGAGUGAGAGGAAAUUUUGAAACAUUGUGCAAUGGUGCUGCAAAAGUUUUGAAAGGUUGUGAGAGUGUUUUGCCAGCAAAGCGUCUGAGAGUCGGUCCAUUGGAGAAGAGGUCUCCAUGUUGCAUCCAUACAGAAUGGAGAGCUACCUCAUCCCGCCUCACUCAGAAGAAAUGUACGAUCCAGAGAUCUACAGACAUCAAAUUGCAGAAUAUUAUAAUCCAUAUGUCCUAGAUACAGAUAUCCAGGCAGAUCACUGGGACUACCACCCUCACCCUCAUGUACACCCUGCAGAAUUUGAAAACCUCCAAGAAACCAACUUCACAGAGCUGCAGAGUGUGCAGGCUCUCCACCCGCCCGGCCUCAUACGACACGAAGCCAUUCGAUAUGAUGCAGAAAACCUGCUCGAUCCAAAUCUUGGAUCACAUCCCGCACAUGUGUUACAGCAACCCGUAGCGUUCUUCCCUCGGACUGUGUAUCCACCACACGUGUCCCAGCGUAGCUCCGAUGAUGAAGACCACGGAGGACGAAGUCCCCCACUGGAGGUGUCUGAUGAGGAGUGUCUGAGAGAUCGAGUCUCUUAUGUCACACCAGGAGAGCUGGGCAAUAAAAAGAAGAUCCGCUUGUACCAGUUCCUGUUGGACCUUUUAAGGAACGGCGAUAUGAAGGACAGUAUCUGGUGGGUGGACAGAGACAAAGGGACAUUCCAGUUUUCUUCCAAACACAAAGAGGCGCUUGCACACCGUUGGGGAAUCCAGAAGGGCAACCGCAAAAAAAUGACCUAUCAGAAGAUGGCUCGUGCUUUGCGCAACUAUGGCAAAACUGGAGAGGUGAAAAAGAUCAAGAAGAAGCUAACAUACCAGUUCAGUGAUGAGGUCCUUGGGAAGAGUCAUCUUGAGAGAAAACCAUAUAUGUAGGCAGAAAGGAUACUGAAAUGUCUGGAUUGAAUCAUGGAGAGUGUUCACAUUAGAGUUGUAGUUUCUGGUGUUAGAUGCUUAAUCAACCUUGCUGUUCUGGUAAAUACAGUAGCAUUUUGUGAAUAGCACGAAUACUGCUGUACAGUGGGAUCAGUUCUUUGAAAA